CGAUUGAUGCGCGAGUGCGCGCCUAAGCGCGGGAACGAUGAACAAGUAUCUUUGGCACAAGAGUUCGCACCAUGAUCGCGAAAGGGCUCGCCUUGGCUCUCCUCUUAGCGUCUACGUUCGCCCGUCAGCCGGGCUUGCCUUACGCGCCAGGGUUAGCAUUAGAACCUCCCGAUAAGGAGCAAGUUGGCCAGGAGCUGUAUCGUGAAAUCUUGUCUCCCUACGAGCCACAUUAUCUUCAAUACGAUGAAAGUCCUAAAGUGUACGUUGCUCGUGGAGAUAUCUUCAAACUUCAACCGACACGCGGCGAUCUCUUGUCGAAGGAAAUAGCCUUAUUAAAACGUUGGGAGGGAUUAUCCCAGAUCGGUCCAGACUAUAACACACUCGACUAUAACCAAGAGCGGCCAUCUUUGCUUCUCGCUCAUCUCGUUGGCCUCGACUAUCGCACGCCAAUAACAAACCGAAGAAUUUCUUAUAAUGAAGUGCUGAAUAACGUCGGUAGAGACAAACAAGUAAACGAACAAGUAAACGAACAAGUUAACGAACAAGUUAACGAACAAGUUAACGAACAAGUUACCGAACAAGUUAACACAGUGAAAGAGAAAGAUAAAGAAAUUACGGAAAAAGACGGAAAUGGAAAAACAGAAGAAGAGAUUGAAUUGGAGUCGUUACAGAAAGAAGACAGGAAUAAACAUUUUGCAUUGACACCACUGGAUGAAGGCUAUUUUGAUUCAGUAGUUAUACCAGGUGAAGUGAGAGCUCAGAUGAGCAAAAAUGAGUUGCUUGAACCAAGAAAGAUUCGCCAGAAUCCCAACUUGAGUAGAGCCAAGACCUUGGUCGCAGAGAACUUGGAUGAACUACGCCAUGGUUUGGCUAAUAAGGUGUACCGUAUACCUGUCUCCUUACUGCCAACAAACCUGCGAGUCUUGAAAAUUUCACAGCCUAAAGACUUUGAAGAGAGUACCGAUAAGGAUACGGGAAGCACCGUGAGACCUCAGAAUAUACACGUCAUUGAGUCUUUGACACCUCAACAGUCUCCUUCUAUACGCAGUAGCGCGUUGUUGGCAGCUGUCAUCGCCGCCCUAUCGUUGGCAGUUGUCGGUCUUGUUUUCGGAUGGUAUACUAUUAUCUAUCUACCCAGUAUUUCGAAGAAAGCCAAGGCAGCAGCUGACGUGGACUACCCGGCUUAUGGCGUCACAGGACCCACUUUGGACCAAUCUGGGGACCGUAAACUAGCCCACUCUGCUCAUAUGUAUCAUUACCAGCAUCAGAAACAACAAAUUCUGGCUAUGGAAAGUUGCCUGGGUCGUAAUGGGUCAGUCUCGGACCCAGAUUCUGAAGAAGAAAACGAAGAAGGGGAUUACACCGUGUACGAAUGUCCUGGAUUUGCUACUACGGGCAAUAUGGAAGUGAAAAAUCCUCUAUUCAGCGAUGACCCAACUCCUGCGACACCGGGGAAGUGCGAUGUGGUCCAACCACAACCUAAGGAAUAAACCAGCUGGCAUAAUAUGAAAUCUUCUACUCGCAAACAGCUGUCACGUAAUGGUAAACAUAUGUAUUCUAAAUGGCUAUGAUUUGUGCUAUACGAUUAUAUAUUUAGGCAUCACUUCCUAUGUUGCAUUUUGAUUACUUUAUAUUAUCUAAGUCUACGUUAAAAACGUGAUUCUUGCAUUACGUUUUUAUAAUAAUAAAUAUAUCUGCCCCUAUGUGAAGGGGUAUAUGUCAAACAUUUCUUCGUUGUCUAUGUUUGGUGUUAGAUAUAAGAAAAGCUUCAUGUACUAGUUAGUGUGACGAAUGAAUUUAUAAAAAAUAUUUUAAAACUUACCUCUAAGCUAAGUAAGCUCAAAAUUACAAAUUUAAAAAAUUAUUUCAAUUAUUGUAUUUAGCUAUCUAAAUAUUGAUGUUAAUUUACGAAAGAUUUACCUACUACUCGAGUUCCAGAGUCAAUUAAACAGUCAAAUAGUGUUAUUACCGGGUAGUUGUAUAACGUAUUUGUUAAAUCACUUUUAUUUUUAGGUAAAAAUGAGUAAUCUAUGUAUUCAACAAGAAUUUCUUUUACUAUUCGCAUUAAAUAAAGAGGAAAAAAUAAAUAAAAAAGCUUAUGUCCAAAACUUUGAUAGCAUCGCGUUGUACUGACACCCGAAAAAAAGAUGGCACUAUGCAUUAUAAAACUGUUUGUUACACACAUUACUACAUAACUAUUGUCACGUGAAUAUUUUUUCAAUUCGAUUAGUGUCAGAUAGAGGUUUUAAAGUAAAAGAUGCUUGUUUAGAGCCCUUGAUCCUCCAAAGUCUCUUCUAACUUUGUAAUUGUUCCCAACAUUUAUUAUAUUUAUAAAACCCUACAUAUCCAUAGCACAAUUUUUAUCGACUUAUUGAGGUGUCAUAAAUUAUAUCAGUGUUAUAAAUAAUUAUAUUUUAUGCAUGUUAUAUAUAGGCUUAUCGUAGAAUUUAAGAGAUAUUUAACCUAUCCUAGAUUACAAUUGAGGAGCACCAUGCCCUCAUACAAGAUAUAGAUAUGAUUAUUUACUAUUUUUUAAGUUUUCAACUGAUCUCAACAGUCUUUUCAAAAGGUUGUUAGUUUUAAUUUAAUUUAAGUAUUAUUUUCAUUUCACGAAAAUCACACAUAUAUUAGAUGCGCACUAUAGACGCAACUUGGAUCUGGAAACGUUUCAUCGUCGCCUUUUCUUAUUCACCACAUAUGUAACUGAAUCAUUUUGCCUAACUUUUGGAGAAGCAUGUUUAACAUUUAAAGAGGUGGAAAAUUUCAUUUCAAUAAUGAUUGCGCCGCCUCGCAAAAUUAAUUACCAUUUAUUAAAUGCACUUUGAUUUAAAUUCCAUCGUACAACUUACAAGCUUAUAAAGCAAUUCGCUUUCCAUUUCUGUAAUCGUUUCCCUGUAGGUAAUUGAAUAGUUAAUAGGCGAGUAUAAUUUGAUUUAGAACUUUUAUUUAGUUUGCAAUUUAUCGUAAGUAUGUCUAACGUGUUAGUAUUAAUUAUUACCAAGACAAGACAUAUUUUUGAGUGUAAGGUUGACGCAUUCUGUAUGAUUUUGCGUGUUGUUUAAGCUGUUAUUAUUAUAAAUGUUUGGCGUAGACAAAUGAGACUUCAAAGGGCCUACAGUGUUUUAUUACGUAUAUAUAUUUUAUAUAUCUCAUCAUCUUACUAAAUUUAUUUCAUUACACAGCACAAUUACAGUUCAGGUAAUAUAUUGCUUCUGUUUCUAUGUAGAGGAAUAUCCUAUUUAAAUUGGAAAAACAUUGUCUUCAAAAUUAAUUAAUAUUUUUCAAAAAUUGUGUUUUGGAUUUCGUCAAACAAUUUAAUUGCUAUUAGAUUUCAUGUAGGCCCUGCCGAAGCCUGAUUGCUUUUAUAUAUUUUCACAUCACUUAGGGGUCAUUAUUAUGAAAAUAUAUGUUAUUGUUAUACAAACGUAUAAACGCCUAUAAUAUGCUUUAACUGUCCCUUGAACUGUGUAAUGUCUAAUCCAACUGCUCUAAUCGUAUCAAAUAACUAUAUACUGUAGAGGUAUUAUAUAACUAUGUUAUUGGAUGUUUUAUAUUGACGUAAGGUUCAUUGUAAUUUUAACAGGUAAAACCUAAUCAAAUUAUUUUUCGAUGUAUAAUAUUAAAUGAAAAUUUCAAUAUUCAAAAAUAUUAUCUAAUUUAAAUUAAAUUCUUAAAUAUUUUAAAUAUAAACCUACUCAAAAAUGGAAGCUUUAAAAAAAUUACCUGAAUGAAUUGAAAUGAAUAACAGAGCACAAUUUAUUCCUGCUCCAAAAUUGUAUAAGAAAUGAUGGCCGACGGAACUCGAACUUAAAGUUCAAGUUAGAUAUUUAACUUUUAAUUACAUUAACUAAAUCAUAAAUUUAUCGAAACCCUAAUCUUUCUCUUUACGUAGAUAUUAAAUGUAUAUCUAAAACCCUAUUGUAAACGUAAAUUCAGUGUAACCUAAUUAAAAUAGCAACGUUGAUACAAAAUUUGUUUUAAUUUUCCUAACGUAAAAAUGUCUAUCUUAACAUUCUUGUGUUGUACUCGCUUCUGUGUUACUUGUGUAAUGUUUGUACAAUAUCUCUUAAUUAUGAGCCCUUAUGAUAGUCUGAGAUGGAUACUAUCUAGGGCGUAUUCAGCGAUAUAAGAUCUAUUAAGUAACAACGUAUUUGUGUAAUAUUUAAAUGAAUCAAUGAAAACGUAUAAAAAAGAUUAGGAAGUUGAGGCAGCUUUAAUAAUUCUGGGGAGGUCAACUUACUAUAGACACUUUCCACCAUGAAGUAAUUCCCAUUGACUUGCAAAUCAGCUUCCUUCUUUUGCCAUUGAUUGAUUAGCUACGAUUUCUGACCUACUGGUUAGUCGUCAUAGAGCAUAUAACAUUACUGUGCUAAAGCAAAUAUUUCUAUGGUUAUUCUUCUAGCAACGAUAUAUAUGUUAUGAAUAUAAUAAAUGAUGCAUGUAAUGAGAUAUAUUGUAUAAGAUGUAUUUACAGACGCAUUAAGAUUAUAAUUGCACACCGCGAAUGUAGUAAUAAAGUAUAUUUAUGUCGUAUUGAACCAAUAUGUGUAUUAUAUGUUUAUGCAAUUAA